AUGGCCUCCUUGUUGACUCUCCUUCUGAAAUGGACUCGAUCCUGUCCUCUUUGGGCCAAGGUAUUUGUGGUGGUUACCGUGGCGUCCCUUGGGGUCAAACUGUUGAUCGCUCCACGAGGCCCCUCAAAGAAUCAGGGCAUCGGUACCCGUGAGUGGGAGACGUUUCCUUGGUUCCAAGAAGGCGGCAUCAAGAAUGGAGGAUUCCAGAAUGCUUCAAUCGAACAAGACGCCUUAUUCGACGAUUUCAAGUUGCUCUUUGUGGGUAAUAGCUACACAUCAGUCAACGACUUGGCCGGUCUGACCAAGAAGAUCAUUGAUAGCCAACAUGACGCCGAUAUUAACAUUCGUAGCCAUCAUCCUGGAGGACAAACAUUUCGUGGACACGUGCUAUCCACUGCGGAAGACUACAAACCGCCGCAUGGAUCAGAUGAUUCCUUUCAUCCCAGGGAACUUCGAGAGUGGUUGGUGACCAAGCCCUUGAACUACAACUGGGUGAUUUUGCAAGAACAAUCGCAGAUCCCGGGCUUUUCUGGUACUGCCCAUGACGACUUAUUUUUUGUGAGUAAGGGAUCCUGCUACACUCUCAAUAAAAUGGUCCAGCAGGGGAUACCCAAUGCACAAACCAUGUUUUACAUGACAUGGGGACGACGUGCAGGAGAUGAUAUGAACAGAGACAUCUACCCCGAUUUCCUGUCGCAUCAAGCCAGAUUGACCAAGGGAUACGAACAAUAUCUCGAAAAAACGUCCACAGAACAGCGACCCACAUGGGUGGCUCCCGUGGGGUUGGUCUACCAGAACAUUUAUAACAGCAUCAAAGAACGACAAGGAAUCGAUCCUGGAAAUACCACGGACUGCUUAUUCUAUCAACUCUACAUGGACGAUGGCAGCCAUCCCAGCAUCUACGGGAGCUACCUCGCUGCCCUUACCAUGUACACCAGCAUGACGGGAGCAGAUCCUCGUCAAGUCCAGUGGAUGCCACCCGGAGUGGAACCGGAAGUGGCCACACAAAUUCAACAGGCGGUGGCCUGGACCGUUAUGGAAACCGUGACAAUGGGGAUGAAUUAUCCUUGGUUGAUGGACGACGCGGAUCCAGUAGAUCAGUUGCCAUGA